ACUACUUGUCUUAUCAAAGAAAAUGGCUAAACGAUUGCGUUCUAAUCGCUUUACACCAGUACGCAUGAAUCAAAAAGUGUUUACGAAGCAUAAAAGUGUAUUGGACGCGAACUAGUUACGUUUGUUGUGGCUUGGAGCGUUAUUUUCAGAAUGUCAUCUACAUCGUCGCCGGCUGGGCAAAAAAUUGUCCUGAACACGCUGCUUGAGACGGACCACUACGAGGGUCUGAUUAAGGAGCUGACGUGCACCAAAUGUAACACGUACAUGAAGCCGCCCAUCCACCUCUGCGUGGAUGGUCAUAGUGUGUGCGGACGCUGCUAUGAGAAGAGCUACCAGUGCCAUGUUUGUAAGAAAGAGUUUUCCCUAACCCGCUCGUCGGCGCUGGAAUCGUUGGCCAACAAGGUGCUGUUCCCCUGUAUAAACUCGGGCUGCCCGAAGCAUGCUUCCCUGCCGCAGCUUGAAAAGCACUACGCCCACUGCCAGUUCCGCAUCAUUAACUGUUUCAUGGCUAGAGUUUAUGGGGACUGCAAAUGGGCCGGGCGUGCUGGCGACUGGAUGGACCAUUGUUUCAUGGAACACAGUGAGAAGGUCACCGAUCUUCCAUUCAUCACGGUGAAAAAUCGUUGGGACGCGAAGAGAACCGAGCCGGUACUGAAUUAUUUUCUGCUGAGGUGCUACGACAGAAUAUUCAAUGUGUACCAGAUUUAUGACAAAAGAGGAGGUAGAAUGAUGUGGACAGUGCUUGUGAAUGAUGAGAACGCUGAAAAGUUCUAUUUUGAAGUCGACAUAUUCCUGCCAAACCUACCGAGCAAAAGAAUUGUUUAUAGGCGCCCAUGCAAGUGCGAGAAGGAUGCAGACUUUUUGGAGCACACACAGAACGUGUACAUUCCCGUAGAAAACGUUUUCUCUAUGUUAGAUGAAGACGAAUCUGUCAACUUUAUUGUCAGAAUUGGUGAGGUGGAAAACCUACCAAUCUUCGACGUACCCUCAAAAAGUGAGAGUAUCAUUCUUCUGAACGAAGACCGCAAAGACGUAGAAGUGUCAAACUAAGAGCCACAACACAUUUUAAUGCAUUCAAACAAAAAUAUGCACACAUUUCAGGGUUUACGCUUCGCAGAUUUUUUAUAUAAUCGACCAUUUAAUAGUAAUAUUAGUAAACAGACUUUCCCACAAAAAUCCUUUCAUUUACACUCUGGCACACUGUAAUUACCAACUUAUAAUAACAGUUUAAUACUUAUUUAUGAUGAUUAAAACAAAAGAACUCCUUUCAUCUUUUUAUUCGUCAUGUACCUACAGAAAACAAAUGACUAUCUAGCGUUUGAAUACAAUAUUUCGAACAGGGGGUCUACCACCACAUAUCAAACAAAGUCCGGCCGACGACAUUUGUAGGAACGUAACAACUCUCUUUAAUUUUUUCAAAAUUGGAACAAUACCUGAACGGUAUUCUACAUGGUAAUUAGGAACGAAUUGAUUAAAUAUAUUUAAUAAUUAAUAAUUCAUAGUAAAGUCAAGUGUCGCAACGAAAUGGCAGUUUCAUGAAUUGAAGUCGCCUUUUCGUAAUCACACUAAUGCGAUGCAUGAUCAUUUCCUCUAGUUUUCUUUAAAGCGAUGGUAGUAGACCCCCAGAUAUGAUAUAAAACCUCUGCAGUGUUCCCUGAAUUUUGUUUAAUAUUAACUUGCCUAUUGCGGUAGAGUUAUUGUAAUUUCCCAAGAGACGUUUCUUACGAAGUUAAAAAAACAAAUAAACAUAUUUAGAUUGAA